GCUGCUCAGAUCAUACAGUGAGAAAUCAUCCAUAUUCUACUCAAUUACUAAAGUACAAAGAGAUCCCACGCACACACGCACAACACACAGUGAGAAAUGGCAACUUUCCCAGUGGUUAACAUGGAGAAGCUCAACGGAGAAGAAAGGACUGCAACAAUGGCCGUAAUCAAAGAUGCCUGUGAAAACUGGGGUUUCUUUGAGCUGCUGAAUCAUGGAAUUGCUCCUGAGUUCUUGGACACUGUGGAGAGGCUGACGAAAGAGCACUACAGGAAAUGCAUGGAGCAACGGUUCAAGGAAAUGGUGGCGAGCAAGGGCCUGGAGGCUGUUCAGUCUGAGAUCAAUGAUUUGGACUGGGAAAGCACCUUCUUCUUGCGCCAUCUCCCUGUUUCCAAUAUCUCAGAAAUCCCUGAUCUUGAUGAAGAAUACAGGAAGGUUAUGAAGGAGUUUGCGGCCCAGCUGGAGAAACUGGCGGAGCAGCUCCUGGAUUUGCUCUGUGAGAAUCUUGGCCUUGAGAAAGGUUAUCUCAAGAAGGCAUUUUAUGGCUCCAAAGGCCCGACUUUUGGCACCAAAGUCAGCAACUACCCACCGUGCCCCAAGCCGGACCUGAUCAAGGGCCUCCGCGCCCACACAGAUGCAGGCGGCAUAAUCCUUCUCUUCCAGGAUGACAAGGUCAGCGGCCUCCAGCUCCUCAAAGACGGUGAAUGGGUCGACGUUCCGCCCAUGCGACACUCAAUCGUCGUCAACAUUGGUGACCAGCUUGAGGUGAUCACAAAUGGAAAGUACAAGAGCGUGAUGCACCGAGUGAUUGCCCAAACUGAUGGAACCAGGAUGUCAAUUGCUUCAUUCUACAAUCCGGGGAGUGAUGCGGUGAUCUAUCCAGCCCCAGCAUUGGUUGAGAAGGAAGAGAAGAAAGAUCUGUACCCGAAAUUCGUGUUCGAGGACUACAUGAAGCUCUAUGCUGGGCUCAAGUUCCAGGCCAAGGAGCCAAGAUUUGAAGCUUUUAAGACCAUGCAGAACUCUGCUAAUCUGGGACCAAUUGCAACUGCUUAAUUAUUACUGUUUUAGAGUAAAAUUAAGUGGUGAUUGUUAGAGUUUAAUAUGGUCUAAUUACUGUUGAUGUAAUUUAUGGCUGUUGAAAAGUCUAUCUGCUGGGUGUUAAAUAUGAAUGGUUUAGGGAGUUUGUCUGGCUUUGCGCUUGCUAGAUUACUGUCGUGUCCUGUAUUGGGUUUGAACGUCGAAGCGGAAUUCUGUAUGUUAAUUGACCAAAAGUUUCGAAUAAGAAAUCUCUUCAUUAAAUACAUUGUCAA